AUGACAUUAGCACAUAGUCGCGUACUGAACAUUGUUGCUGGCGGCAAAGGCCGAGGAAAUGGAUUACAUCAAUUGAGUUAUCCAACUGAUGUAUUAAUUGACAAAGAGACGGAUAGUCUCAUUAUUUGUGAUCGGGGGAAUGAACGACUUGUACGAUGGUCUCGUCGUAGUGGUACAACACAAGGAGAAUUACUCAUCGGCAACAUCGACUGUUGGGGAUUAGCAAUGGAUGAGCAGAGAUACCUCUACGUUUCUAACCGCAGAAAACAUGAAGUAAGAGGAUAUCAAUUGGGUGAGAAGAAUGGCACUCUCGUAGCUGGUGGUAAUGGUGAAGGUAAUGGGCUCAGUCAACUCAACGUGCCGACAUAUCUCUUUGUCGAUCGAGAUCAUUCAGUGUACGUAUCAGACAGCUCCAAUCAUCGUGUAAUGAAAUGGAAUAAAGGCGCAAAAGAAGGUAUUGUGGUUGCUGGAGAACAAGGCAGCGGGAGUGCUCUGACACAAUUACAGUAUCCUGAAGGAAUCUUCGUUGAUACGUUGGGAACACUCUAUGUAGCAGAUCAGGUGAAUCACCGUGUAAUGCGUUGGACUCAAGGAAACAAGAGACAAGGCACUGUAAUUGUGGGUGGAAAUGGUCAUGGAAAAGGAGUAAAUCAGUUGCAGUACCCCUAUGGUUUGUCUUUCGAUCGACAUGAUAAUCUCUAUGUCGCCGAUGCAGGUAAUAAUCGUGUUCAACGAUUUUCUAUCGAAUAA